CGAUGUGUUUUACGCAUGCGCCAUCUCGAAAGGAGAGCUGUCGAGGUCGUGCUGUAGGAUUUCGUUUUGUUAAUGCAAAAAUGCCUGCAGACCACGACAAGAGAGCGUAUCCGGAGCCUCCAGAGAAAACUCCGGUUUUGGACAAGCAGACAGUGGUGCCAAAACCGGCAGCGAUCAUCGCCAGUCUCUUCUAUUACUCUGUGGACGUGCCUGUGACCGCUUUUAGAGAUGCUAUUGACAGUAUUCGGGCUAAAAACAGGCCUGUGUACUACCACCAGAAGUUCCGCCGUGUUCCUGACCUGACCGAGUGCCAGGAGGGAGACUACGUCUGCUACUACGAGGCAGAGAUGCAGUGGAGGAGAGACUUCAAAGUGGAUCAAGAGAUUGUAAAAGUGGUCCAGGAGCGUAUGAAGGCCUGUCACAAGAGGGAAGGAGCCAACAGUCGCCAGAACUGUGCCAAAGAAUUGGAACAGUUCACUGAAGUUGCAAAGAACUAUCAGUCACGCUGUAAGUACAAUUUGAGAUGGAGACCUGGGAGCAUAUGCCAGUGGGAGAAAGUGUCUAAUGAAGCAGAAAGAACGGAUGAUUGCAGCUCAGGCCAAGAAUGUUUAAAUAUUGUAAAAUAAAGCUAUAUGUAAA